UCAAUAAGCAGACCUGCCAACCUGUACACAAUUUGUGUAGCGGAUAUUAGGGGUGGGUAGGCCUGUCGCGAUAGUCAAUAUAUUGACUUAUCGCACGAUAUAUGGAAAUGAACGCGAUGAUUUUUGAUGCUGCGAUAUAUUGCAUUCAUUUUUACAUAACUUUUUACAUAAAAAUGAAUGUUACCAACAUCUUAGUCAAUCGGACUGCCCCUGUAGUUUUGUCUCCUUGUCGAAAGAGGAGGCGGGGCUCAGGCAGCGCAUACACAGAGCGGACACCGACAGGUAAAGAGAAGGCGUGAACCCACUGUCUUAAGAAGUGUAGGCUACUGUUUCGUCACAUCACCAACCAGUUAGCAAGAAUAAGUUAGCAAGAAUAAGUUAGCAGGAAUAAGUUAACAACAAUAAGUCCAAAUGGACUUGGUUACAAAGCCGCAAUCCUCAGCUCCGGUGUGGGAACAUUUUGGCUUUAAGUCGAACGAGAGAGGAGAGCCAAUUAACUUAAACGAGCCGGUAUGUCGACUUUGUUCAAAAACAGUCUCAACGAAAAGAGGCAACACAACCAACCUUCAAUCUCACUUAAAACACAACCAUCCCACCCAGUUUUUGAACCUGGGAACAAGACCUGCAGCUGGAGCGGGGUCGCCCAGACAGUUAUCUGUUGCAGAUGCCUUUUCUCGACAGUCCAAAUACAAACGCGAUAGCGCGAAAUGGCGCACACUCACAGAUAGCGUAACUCGCUAUAUUGCUAAAGAGAUGCAGCCAUUAAAUACAGUCGAAAAACCAGCAUUUCAAAAUAUGCUGCAAACGUUUGACAAACAGUACGAAUUGCCAAAGAAAACGUACAUCUCUCAAACUGCCAUUCCAUCAUUGUACAUCAAAGUAAAAGACGAGAUUCUGAAGGAGAUGAAAGACAUCUAAUUUUACUCUGCCACUACAGAUAUGUGGUCAAGCUCAAAUAUGACGCCUUAUAUGAGCUUGACCAUACACUACAUAACUGCUGACUGGACUCUGCAGUCAAAGUGUUUAGAGACCAGAUACAUACCCCAGAACCACACUGCGGAUGUACUUGCUGAAGCCCUUCAGUCUGCUUUAGCAGACUGGGAAUUGGAUGAACACAAAAUGGCCUGUAUAACUACAGAUAACGGUGCAAACAUUGUGGCUGCAAUACGUAAUCUUGGCUGGCCGUGGCUUAAUUGCUUUGGACACAACCUCCAUUUGGCUGUUUCCCAUGGACUGGACAGUGACAAGGAUCGCACAGCGCGUGCCAUGGGACUUUGUAGGAAUCUUGUCAACACCUUCAACCUGAGCUGGCUAAAGAAGAGAGACCUGAGGAAGGCACAGACUGAAACCAAUGUCCCCCAACACAAUCUAGUACUGGAUGUCGCCACACGAUGGGGUACCAAGCAAAAAAUGAUAGAGAGGGUCCUAGAGCAACUCCCAGCCAUAAGACGUGUCCUGGUUGAAGAUCGAAAACAUGGCCACCUCAACCCAACCUGGCAGGAUGUUUCUGUGUUAGAAUCCAUUAAUGCAGCAAUCAAGCCAGUGGCUGAUUUCACAGAUGUCCUCUCAGGGGAAAGAUAUGUCACUGUGUCCUCAGUAAAGCCUGUGUUGGAACUUCUUCAAGGCGAACUCUUAUCACCAGACCCAAAUGACACUGCACUGACAGCAAACAUAAGGCAAACGUGCAAGGUAUUGAAAACGAAAUACAGCCCAUCUGAAAUCCAAAACCUUCUGACAAAGGCCACCAUCUUGGAUCCAAGGUAUCGUAGUACCAUGGAGGAUGCAGAGGUCUUGGAUGAUGUCAAAGAAAAGCUCUUGCAAGAACUACUAGACAUGAACGAGGAAGAAUUAAAAAGAGAAUGUGCCAGUGGUGAGAACUGCGAUAAAGCUGCAGGGGUAAGCGAAGGAUCUGAAUCUGAACCUCCAGCAACCAAGAAAAAGAGGCUGUGUGACCUUCUCCAGAUCAGGAGAACCCAACUUACAAGUCACCAGACUCUGGCAUCGGUUCCAAAAAGAGUGCAGGCUGAUGCGGAGCUGACCAAGUUCCUCCAAGAAGAAGCAGUUGAUGCAUCAUCUGAUCCCUUGAUGUGGUGGAGUGAUAACCAUAGCAGAUUUCCCCAAAUAGCCAAGUUAGCACAAAAAUACAUGUGCAUUUGUGCAACAAGCACUAGCUCAGAAAGAAUGUUUAGCACAGCUGGUAACAUUGUUACCCCUUAAAGAUCCUGCCUUAAGCCCCACAAGGUAAACAUGUUGGUGUUCCUUUCUCGGAAUCUGCUUAACAAUUAAGAAACUGAUCUGGCAGCAGAAAUGGCCUGUUGAUGCAUCUGUGCCUUUGUGUGAGACACUUUAAAAGUCUAAACUGACUUUGUUAACAUGUUACUUUGUUUUGAUCUAGUUCUUGUUAACUUGCACUUUUUUGUUAAGAAAGGUGUAUUUAUUAUUUAUUUAAUUUAUUUAGGAUAUAUUUUUUCACAUU